CGCCCCCACGGGGAGGGGGGGCGGUGAAGGACGCGGGAUUCAGGCUUUGUCAACAGCCUGUGCCCCCAUCCACCCCGGCCAGUGACCUUUCACCACUUGCCCUGGUUGCACAAAAACACCUCAGAGGUGGGGAAUCCCAUCCGCCAGGAUCCUGCAGCCAGCGGGGGGUGGCCGCAACUGCCGCCCUUGGCUGAUGGGCCGGCCAUCCACCCAUCCUAUGGGUCCCUGGCUCAGCUGCAGGUCUGGGAGUCCCUCGACAUCCCCAGUGGAAACUGGUGGGACGCUGGCCAAGCGGUGAGCGCCUAGGAGUGGUGCCUUCUGCCAAGCAUGGGCAGGGCUGGAGUUAGCCCAGCAGAUGGUGGGGCAGGUGGGGUGAAUCCACAGGAGAGGAGUGGGGGCUGGGAAAGAGGGGAGAGGGGUGAGCUGGGGACCGGGGGCAGGCCCCCCUGCAGAGAGCCCCCUGCCUCUGUCCACUUGAGCCCCCGCUCCUGGGCUGACACUGGUGCAGCCGUAGUCCAGGGCCUGAGAGGGAGCUCUGUCACCUGGUCCCUGAAGGGAGAAGUGUUGGUCCCUGGCCAGUCAUGCCCCUCCCCACCGGCUCAGUGCUGGGAGGGUGACAAGGUGGGAACAGCCUCAGAGCGGCCCCUCUGCCUCUGGCUGCUGGUCAUCCCCGGUUCAGGCCUCGUGUCAUUCAGCAAAUACUUAUUCCCAGGGCUGACAGGCUGCCGGGUUUCAGUGUCCCCAUGGCAAGGAGGGGGCCCGGACGUGACACUCCGUCACUCCGUCCUUCCCUUCAGGUAGCAGGCUCACUUACUCCUCGGUGAUGAGGAGGCACGCAUUCCCACUUUACAAGUGGGGAAACUGAGGCUCAGAGAGGUUACAGUAUUUCCCUUGGUCCCAGGACCAGAACUGGGUGUCGCAGUGUCGCCCUCAAGUGGAGCCAGCCUCAUACUUGGGUACCCAGGGCAGGGACCCCAGAACCUCAGCUUUGUAUAGCUGGAAGUCACUGCACACCCCCACCCCUAUUCAGAGAAGUGUCUGGAAAUCUUGCCCACACUCCCCAGAAAGGGACAGAGGACUCGCCCACACUGCCCUCCCGUUUCCACCAGAUACCUGAUGGGGAUCAUCUGUAGCCUUUUGUAUUGGGGGGUGUGGAGGCCCUGACCCCUAAGGACCUGGGGCUAGGGGUGCCUCGAGCUGGGGUACACAGCCUGUGAUCUGUGCACGCUGAUUCCUAACAUCACCUGCCGGACCAGGGGUGAGAGUGGGGGACGUGGAAAGCCCCCUCUCCCCUGCCCUGCGAGGGGCAGGGAAGGAGGGGCCCAGGGCUGUGUAGCCCUCUCUCCCUCUCCCCUGGGUCCUACAUCUCUCUGUGGUGCCCAAAAUAUGGACCCCCUGGCUGGAAAGCAGGCAGCUUGGCUGGAGCAGCCCCGGUGUGGCCCCCAUCCUUUUCCCACACAGCCCCUCACUGGGUUCUCCAAGCCCUGCCAGGUUGUCCAGGUAAGCUCCCAGCUGUGCAACGACUGGCCGUUGAGACACAGCAGACUGGCCCGGCCGCCAUGCUCCAGCUGGGCUGUCAACAGCUGUCAGUUUCCAGCGGCGCUCCUGCUGGCCAUGCAGCAGCCCCCUCUCCCUCCACAGGGCCUCCGGGCAGGGAACAACUUAUCGGGCAGUGUCCUUCCGUGUCCCAUUUCCAUCUCCACUGUCCACCCCGCCCCAGCCAGCCCUUGUCACUCUCCCCCUCCCCUGUCCCCGGAGCCUCUAGCUUUCUCAGGCCACCCCUGAGCCUGCCCACCCACCUCUCUCCCUCCACCAGCAGCUGGGUGCAGCAGGCAGGCGACAGGUCUGCUCCUCACUGCUCCUUACUCACCAAGCUCAGGGGCCCAGGCGGGUGGGGGCAGGGCAGCAGAUGGGCUGCCUGAUCAGAACGAGGAGAUAAAGCCCCUUGGGUGACCCCAGGGCUGGGACACCGGAACGGACCCCGUCUUCCACCUGCCUGCCGCCUUCUCCUCUGAGAGCUCCCUCUACUCUGGCUCCUAAGGAGUCAGCCCUAAGCCUGACUCCUCGCCUGGCUCGGGGGCUGGGGACCAGGGUCUGCGGCUGGGCUUGCCUCACCAGGCGCCAGAGGAGACUGUGAUCCGGGCGCCCGCCCUGGGUCCCUCAGCCCUCACCCUUCGUGGUGCAUGUCAAGGUUCCCUUAGAGGCCCUGCCGUCCGUCUAUCCGUCUAUCUGUCCAUCACUUGCUCACUCUGCACCAGGGUGCCCAGAGAAGGGCCCAUCCACAGCUCUGGGUGACCCUGCACCCAGGCCCCAAGGGAACCCUCUCCCUGCUGCCCUGCUGGAAUUCAGUCACAGCAAAAGAUGGCUCUGGAAGCAAUGAAAGGAGGAUUUAUGGGGCCACUGCUGCCCCAGAGCUCCAGUUCAGACAGGCUCCAGCCCAGGACCAGGCACCACUGCCCCCCUCCCCGCAGGCACAGGGCAGGGGUCCCCGUCUGGGCCCAGCAGCUGGCAGUGCUAAUCUCAAAGGAAUGUGCUGCCAGCUGCCUGCACACUGUGCCCCCACGGGACCCAGGAAGCCUGGCUUGAGCCAUGGGUGGGGCACAGGGGGCACCUAGACACUUCAGUCCUGGGAAAGGGGGCAUGCGUGUGACAGGGACCACCCUGAGCAUGUGCCCGGCACUCCUGGACCCUGGCAAGGCUGGGAGCUGGCCUGGGACCACCGCGAUAAUAACAGCACUGGGGGUGAAGUGAUGGAUGGCACAGGCCCUGGCCCGGCCGGGGCAAGCUGACUUUCCCAGGGACUAAGAAUAGGUGGGGCUUGCAAGGGCUGAAGGGAGGAGGCGGGCAGCUAGGAACGCUGCUCCCCCACCCCCGACAGUUUUGGGACCUGGCAGGAUGGUGGCUGCCACCAGCACAGAGGGGAGGGUGCUGUCAGACCUGCCAGACAGACAGUUGCAGGCCGUGGGAACCCCGCUCCUCACAGGGGAGGCAGUGGGCAGGACCUACUGGCAAAGAGCAACUACUUUUGUUCCAGCUCCCACGUCACCAGUAGGACCCGGAGGCUCAGAGGGGUGGUUUUAGGGGAGCAGGACACCCUGCUGGCCACAGCAGAGCCCAGCUGCGUCUCCUCACUCCUAGGGGUCUCUGUCCGGGCACUGCUCCUCAGACACUCGGCAGCCCCAGGAGGAGCGCCUGUGCCCACGAAGACGACCCCUUUGCCCCAGCUGUGCAGCCCCAGCCAGAUGUGGGGGGCGGCAGCCCAGAGACAUGCCCCCCAGCUGGCUACACCGCCCCCACCUCCUGCUGCUGUUGCUGCUGGCUUUCCAGCCAGAGGCCCCCUCCGCUCAGGUGAUGGACUUCCUGUUUGAGAAGUGGAAGCUCUACGGUGACCAGUGUCUGCACAACCUGAGCCUGCUGCCCCCUCCCACCGAGCUGGUCUGUAAUAGAACCUUCGACAAGUAUUCCUGCUGGCCAGACACGGCCCCCAACACCACGGCCAGUAUCUCCUGCCCCUGGUACCUGCCCUGGUACCACAAAGUGCAGCACCGCUUUGUCUACAAGAGGUGUGGGCCCAACGGGCAGUGGGUGCGUGGACCCCAGGGGCAGUCGUGGCGAAAUGCCUCCCAGUGCCAGAUGGACGACGACGAGAUUGAGGUCCAGAAGGAGGUGGCCAAGAUGUACAGCAGCUUCCAGGUGAUGUACACAGUGGGGUACUGCCUCUCGCUGGGGGCCCUGCUCCUGGCCCUGGCCAUCCUGCUGGGCCUCAGCAAGCUGCACUGCACCCGAAACUACAUCCACGCGAACCUGUUCGCGUCCUUCGUGCUCAAGGCCAGCUCCGUGCUGGUCAUCGACACGCUGCUCAAGACCCGCUACAGCCAGAAGAUCGGUGAUGACCUGGGCGUAAGCGUCUGGCUGAGUGACGGGGCAGUGGCUGGCUGCCGGGUGGCUGCAGUGUUCAUGCAGUAUGGCGUCGUGGCCAACUACUGUUGGCUGCUGGUGGAGGGCGUGUACUUGCACAGCCUGCUGGGCCUCGCCACCUUCCCCGAGAGGAGCUUCUUCACCCUCUACCUGGGCAUCGGCUGGGGCGCCCCCAUGCUGUUUGUCAUUCCCUGGGCCGUGGUCAAGUCUCUGUUUGAGAACAUCCAGUGCUGGACCAGCAAUGACAAUAUGGGCUUCUGGUGGAUACCGCGCUUCCCCGUCUUCCUGGCCAUCCUGAUCAACUUUGUCAUUUUCAUCCGCAUCCUUCACAUCCUCAUGGCCAAACUGCGAGCCCACCAGAUGCGCUAUACCGACUACAAAUUCCGGCUGGCCAAGUCCACGCUGACCCUCAUCCCCCUGCUGGGGGUCCACGAGGUGGUGUUUGCCUUCGUGACGGACGAGCAUGCCCAGGGCACCCUGCGCUUUGCCAAGCUCUUCUUUGACCUGUUCCUCAGCUCCUUCCAGGGCUUGCUGGUAGCUGUUCUCUACUGUUUCCUCAACAAGGAGGUAGGUGGGAGGUCUGGGAUCUGCCCCCGGGUGGACGUCAGAGUGGAGCGCAGGCCUCUGGAGAUGGGUCGGCCUCAGCCCCUCCUUGGGGAGCGCACAGUGAGGGGGGUUCCCAGCCAUCCGCAGACCCUAGGGUUCCAGGUGACAGCCCACCUUGCUCCAUGUCCAGGGCGCCAUGUGGCCCUUCAAGGUUGGGAGGUUGGGGACCCUGGGGGAGUGGGACAGGCCCAACCUGCCAGCUGUCCCAGGUGCAGGCGGAGCUGCGGCGGUGCUGGCACCGGUGGCGCGUGGGCAAGGCGCUGCAGGUGGGACGCCACGUCAGCAGCCACAGGGCCUCGGCCCUGCCCACUGAUGGCCCCCCCAGCGAGAAGCUGCUGCUCUCCAGAGGCAGUGGCAGCAAUGGGGCCAGCCAGGACCCCUUGGCGGAGACCCGCGUGGCCGGUGACCUCUCUGGAUUGGCCGAGUGCCCCCUUUGAAGCCCCCGGAUCCCCUGGUGGGGCUGGACUCAGGAGCCGAGAGAGGGCUCUGCCAGACAAUCUACAACUGAUGCCCGAAAGAGCCUGGAGGGGCGGGAGCAGGACAGUGUCCCCACCGUCCUCACGUCCCCCGUGCGGUGGUCUGAGGGGCAGGGCUCCCCCUUCCCCUACGUGCUGUGUGGGGUAGCUGCUCUGUAAAUGCAUGCCCGCAUCCCUGUGUGUGUCUGUGCCCCCAGUGUUGGAGGAAACGCGUGUUCUCCAACAAUAAAGAGCUGGCGCAGUGA